CGGCAACGAAAUAUGGAGAGCGAGAGCUUGGAUUGCCGAGGAUGGACAUGAGCGACGACCCUUCAUCAAUAUACCUGUACUUUCAAUGCAUGUCAAGAACAAAUUGCAACGUGGUUCAUCCCUUGAAUAGCAGCAAAAUCAGCAUCAAAAGAGGCCAAGACCCAUCGACAUUCGCACAGGACUAACAGCUGACCAUCACGGCUACAAGCGCGAUGGCCUCCGGACAACCAUCCAUCCCCACGCACAUGAAAGCUCAACUCCUAGAAGCUUACAACACCCCAUAUGCCCUCAAAGAGAUCCCCGUUCCCGCUCUGACGAGCCCGAAUGACCUGCUCAUCCGCCUCGACGCAGCAGGCUACUGCCACACCGACGCCGUGAUAGCAGAAGGCGAAUGGGCGAACGUUCCCCGUCAGUUCCCACACAUUUCGGGGCACGAAAUCGCCGGCACGAUUGUUCGCAAAGCCUCACCCUCCUCCACCGCGGCUGACGAACUUCCCAUUGGCACGAGGGUUGCUUCUCCCGGCCGCGGUUACAACCCCUGCGGCGAGUGUUUCGAGUGCCGCGAUCCGGGCAACGAUUACGAAGGAUACUCGUUCUUUUGUCCCCGGUCUGUGAGCAAUGGUAGCAGCAAGCAUGGAGGAUUUGCAGAGUACGUUGUCGUGGAUGCGAGGCAGGUCGUGCCGCUUCCUGACGGACUGAGCGCGGUUGACGCCGCUCCUCUCAUGUGCGCUGGAGUCACGAUCUACAGCGCCUUGAAGCGUUGCAAUUUAUCCCCCGGCCAGCGAGUUGGUAUCAUUGGCUGUGGUGGUGGAUUAGGUCAUCUCGGCCUGCAAUUUGCGGAAGCCAUGGGACUGCGUGUGACGGGUGUUGAUGCCGCUCCGGGUGCCCUUGAACUUGCAAAGUCGCUGGGAACCAAGGCUCACAUCGUUGAUGCGAGGGCCACACCUGCUGAAGACUUGGUGCGCCAUAUCGGAAAAGAAGAUGGCAAGACCGACCGAGCCGACUUUGGUCUCGACGCAGUUCUCAUCCUCCCUGACACCCAGAAAAGUUUCGACUAUGGCACCACGCUCCUUCGCAACCACGGCUUGUGCAUUGUCGUUAGCUUCCUCGAGAGAGGCUUCCAGGUGUCUGCGAGCGACUUGGUGUUCAGAGACCUCACCAUCCGUGGAACGAUGCUGGGCACUCAUGAGACCCUUCACGAGACGGUCGAGUUUGCUGCAAAGCACAACAUAAAAUCCGUCAAGCAGACCUUCGCUUUGAACAAACUGGGAGACCUAGUCGAUCGGUACCGUGCUGGCGGAGGUGGAAAACUGGUACUUGACAUGUCGCUGUAAGGGUGGUUCUG